AUGCAUCUUAUGUAUACCCUCGACAGCGAAGGCAAGCGCAUCUACACGCUGAAAAAGGUGCUGGAUGGCCAGGUCACAAAAUCCGCACAUCCCGCCAGAUUCUCGCCCGAUGACAAGUACUCCAGACAUCGGGUGACAUUGAAGAAACGAUAUGGAUUGCUCCUUACACAGCAGCCUCGUAAGUGA